AUGGCAGUGCCAUUGGAAGCGCUGAUCACAAACGAUCCAAACGCCUCGGCAGUUUUCACAGCAAACGAUCAUACAUCCAACGAGACCAUUGGACUCUACCUGUUUACCCAUCAUGCCCUUCAGGUCAUUUGUGAUGACACCGACAUGGACAAGCCGGACGAGCAAAUUCGAGGAAUGGCUACCGCAAUCUGGACCGGUCUCAUGCCUAGAAAGAAGCUGUUCUGGGAACACCGCGCUGCAACAGCAAGAUUGCUCGGUUGCGAUGCAGAACGGUUCCUUCUCGCGGAUGGCUCCACACGGCUGUCUAAGGACAAUCGAGAGAAAGCUAUGGAAGCGUUUGCCGGCUACAGACGUCGCGCAAUGGGAGAAUUUCUCGAUGGGGCUGAAAUAUCGCAGACUGAAGAUUCUGAAACCGAAGCCCUUGCUGCGGACCAGGAGCAGCUUCCAGCGACAGCGGUGCCGUCAUCUCCUUCUACCUCUGUAACCAAUGCCGGCGCUGAAACUGGAAGCUCUCUCGCUAAAAGGCUCAUGACUGCCCAACAGGCUGUUGGUAGCGGACGUGGAGAGUCUCCUGAACCAACACCAGAAGCAUAUCGAGGACAUAAAUCACUGGCUUCGCAGAUCGAUACGUCCGGCGAUUUCAAAGUUCCAGAUGCUGCUGAGCUCUCAGCUCCCAAAGCCGCUGCUUCGCCGAAAUCGACCAAUAUGGAAGCAACUGCAGCCACGUUUGUGCCGCUCAAGGAAGUCCCUCAAGGCACAGGCGAUGACAAAACGCCCGAGACCUGUUCCACUAUGCUUGCUGCAAGGACGGCCGCAGAGAUGCAAUCAAUUGCGUCGAACUUCCUGCCACAGAGCUCGGCGACGUGCGCCACGAGCGCAAAUUUGCUACAUCCAAGCGCAGUGGAUUUCACAUUGCAGCCGGCCGAGUCUAUCGCUACUGCGGCGAUAGCGGACGAGCUAUUCGACGAUGGCAGUGACGACGAUGUCAGCGAAUAUAAUGGUUCUACGUCCGCGUCUGGGACCGAGAAAGCUGAUAUGGAAUCCUCCAUGUCCUCUCUUCCACAGAGCGCAACGGCUUCAACGCCGUCUACCCCCCGAUGCUCGAAACUUGACUGGGCUGAGGAAAGUCAGAAAUACUGGGAUACAGAGCUACAGAAGAAUCAUCGGGACCUCAAUUCUUCCAAGCAAUCAGACAAAGCUUCUUUGCCGACGACUGCGCCUCGAUGGAAGCCGAAGCAAUUGGAAGGGGCUGAAGCUAGGCAGUCAGGCUCUCGAAAACCCUCGCCCAGCGGCUCAUCGAGCGCGGGCAAGAACAAGGCUAUUCCUUCAGUGAAACAUGAGGCCUCUGGCCAUGAUAGGAACAAUAAUCCCUCAGCAGCGAAUCUCAAAAAAGGUUGGCAAGGAUUUGGUGACCUCAAUGCGGCCAAGCAGUUCAGCGCUCAGGUGACGAAGAACAAAAGCCAUACAACACACAAUCCGAUGCCGCAAGUCAAGCCCAAUCCAUGGUCGAAGCCAUCGAAGGACUUGGAGUUAGCAAAGAAGCCAGCCAAAAAUGCCUGGGCGAACCCACUGACCCGGUCUGGACCGGCCAGAGCGCAAGCUGAGACAUCGAUUGAGACGGAGACCAAACCACUAGAGACUUCAGUCGUGCAGAUGGCAGCUGAAGACGGCCAGCGUUUCUUCAUCUACCAGGCCCUACCUAUCAUAUGUGAAGACCUCGAUUAUCACAAAGCCGACCAGUACGUAGAGGACGUGGCUUUGGCUACGUGGAACGACCUUCCCCGGCCAGCAAAGAAAAUCUGGGCUGAAGAUGCCAAGUUACUUAGAGGCGGUUCAGCACUUGGAGCGUCGCAGCUGUUUUCCACUGAAAGAUUCGCAGAGUCUCGCUUCACCAAUGACUAUCGGACCCAGAUUAUCAAAGCGCUUGCUGAGCGUAACGACGGCGAGCUAAAGUAUCUGCAACCGGAAUACGACAAGUUAAUUUCUCAGGAGAGGAAGCAAGCGUUCCGCGAAGCCAAGAGAAAUGCGCGCAUGCAGAAAGUGUACGAAGAAGCUCGAAGUCGUCCUGGCUCGAGCUUAUCCAAGACCGCUUCACGCAACCAUUCAGUCUCGGCAUCAGUCAGUUCAAUCCCAGCCAUGGCAGAGACAGAUGCUCCCCUUGAGCAAGAAGAGGAGCCCUCGUUGCAACAGAGUGAAUCCCAAGCAGAAGUUGAGUCAACUUGUACCGUGGAUGCUGGAGCUCAGUGGAAUGAACCAGAAGAACAUGCCGUCGCUGAUCUUGGAGGAUGGGACACCAAACGGAAGAUCCCUGGUGCGAAGAAGAAAAAAACCAAGGAGCCCUCGUCUGCGGAGGGAAAGCCUGCUCCGAAGAACACUACGUCUACACAGAUCGAAAGGCCCACAGCGGACAGCCCGUGGAAGGCAGGUCGCAUUGCCUCGAAACCCAAGAAGAAGCUAUUGAGACUCUCAGAGACAGAUCCGAUCUCCGCCGACACGCCCCCUACGCCUGUCGAUGACGAUUCAAGUUCUCUGCCCGUCUCGCGGCACAAUACCACUGGAGGCUGGGACGAGAAGCGAUAUGUACCAGGAAUGAAAAAGAAGAAAGCCGGCAAGGGCAAAUCCGAGGCAGAUUCCUUCUUUGAUUCGAUCGAACACACGAUUCCAGCAGCACAAGUCACCCACGUGCAGGAAGACGAAGGCUGGACUGCGGUGCCUCGAGGAGGGAAGAAGAGUAAAGGCGGAUGA